CGCAGAUAUUAGUGAAUGUUCAGAGUGAACUUUCAGACAACCCACACCGAGCUUUCGACUUUCAGCCGACAUUCUUUGAAAAUUCGUUUGCUACUUGGGAAAUUUGUCUCAUUCUUUAGCUGCAGUUGGAGGACUGAAACAAAAUCAGUCCAGAGGUCAGAAAUGGUUCCCUGGGACUUUGGGACACCCCGGCCUAGACUCUCCCACCUGAGCUACGGAUCCCAUCAGUUCCUCCAUAGAAACCUCCAGCCUUUGCACAUUUUCCACUCGGACAAAGUCGCUGAACUGGUCACUGAGCAUCUCUCCAAAGUUACAGUCACAGCUGCUCAGGACAUGGCUCGUGUAUGUGGCUGAGUGUUACCACGCUGCGGUGCGCUGAGGACACUAGGGCCGCACGGACACCGAGUCCGAAGCCGUCCGAACCAAGAGGGACGGCGAAGUUCGACAGACUUACGGGACUUGCUGAGCGUCAGACCUGCGUGGCUGUAGAGACAUGAGUGGACUGUCCACACAGGAGCUGUCCCUCAAUGGACCUCUGAAGAAACAGGAACCGAAGCUAGGGGUCGGAAAAACAGCCAAGACUGGGAGAAAUGGACGAUUUCCCGCGGCCUGGAGGUUGAUCGAAAGUUCACAUUUCUAUGUUGUCAGUGUGGUGCACCAUUUGCAAACGAGUGAAUGAACAAAUUUUUGGACCGAAGCCACACAGCAGUCAUUUCAAAACUUCUUUAACAUUCACUACUGAUCUUAAGGUCUUUUGCUGCUGGAUUGCAACCAGAUUUUAAGCAUCCACAUGUCUGUUGUCCGUAUCUGCUAAUUCAGGUUCAAAAUCCAACAACAAUGUGGAAGAGGCGAACAAACUAUACAAUAAAACACGUUUUAUAACAACUUUGUGAUCUGUCAGAAGAGCGUAUUUUUCACAUCUUGUUAGAAUAAAAAUGUUCUCUUCUCAACAAGACGGCACUCCUACAUUUUCUUCUUCUUCUUUUUUGUUUUUUCCAAAAUCUGGCAGUGAAACGCUUCUCUAAGGAAUAAAGGACAACAGCGACGUUACAAAAACUGGACAUUUCUCCAACAUUGUUUAAAAGGUUUGACUAACAGGGAGGUUUCCAAGAGGCCAAUCAACCUCAGUUUGGUUUUGCUCAUCAAUUAUGUUGUCAAUGCUCAGGUUAGCUAGCAUCCAACAACAAUGGGUAAACAGUUUUCUUUUAUCGGUAAGUUGUUUCUCCAUCAUUAGCAUAUUUAGGAGAGUACAUGAGGUUGAUUGACAGCGCUAAGACCCUCCUCCUGCCUCUGAUUGGUUGUUUUUAGCUCUGUAUUUUUUCAGAUGGCAUUGAUAGAGCAAGGUAAAAGUGGAAAAGAUUGAUAUUGUCACAGAUUAUCUGACAGUCAGGACACAGUGACAGUUUUAACAAAACUGUAGAAGACUUAAAAAAAAAAAAAAUUAUAUACUGCCUCUUUAAAUGAAGGAGUGUGUUUUGAGAAAGCAGUCGGGUUGUUUACUGUCAGCCGAGUUAGUUAAAGUUAAGCUAUUGGCCUAAUUCUAUUUAUGACCCAUAUAGGAGCUAUGGUAGAUUCAAGACAUAAAUCUUUACCAAAAAAAAAGCAAGUAUAAAGAUAAGGUGGUUUUAAAAAGUAAAUGCUUUUUCAUAAGACCUUCAAUAGUCUAACAACAUUACCUCUAAUUCAUCAUGGUGGCAGUCGUUAAAUGACCCCUGGAGUCGGAGCGUGACCUCCUGGGAGAUUCUGCUCCAUUCUGGAGAGAUAGAAGUGAUAUAAUGUUAGUUUGAUGGACCGACAGAGGGAGGAGAGAGGGAGAUGGACCAGGGCCAAUGAUAUGCAAGCACAGGAACUAAAGAAGAGGCAGAGAAGAGAUUUCAUUGAGAGCUCUUUCUCUACCCAGACUGAAAAAAAAUGGGAGCAUGCCACAGAGGAUGAGAGGAUGAGGAGCAGCCAGGUGUUUUAGCCCAUUUAGGCUUUUAGUUUUCUUCAUUAGAUGCUCCCGGUUCAGGCUGUCGGCGGGGGGGGCGUUGGGUACAUUAUUAUUAUUAUUAUUAAAACAUUUACCACCCCCCCCAAAAAAAUGAGAACCACAUCCAAGACCCCGCACUAACGCAGGCUGAGGAGAAACUGGACUCGUUUCUACUCCUUAAUGUUCCCAAACGGAGCGGAGCAGAGAGCGGUACUGGCUCGCGGCCGAUGCCCGGAGGAGAGCUGCUGCUGCGGCGGCGGCGGACCAGAGGGAAGGCGGCUCCCGAGAGCCGCUGUUCACUACAGCGGAUCUAGGCGAACCUCGCCGAGGCUGAGGCUGAGGGCAUGGGCUGCGCUCCCAGCAUCCACGUCUCUCAGAGCGGGGUGAUCUACUGCCGGGACUCGGACGAAUCCAACUCCCCCCACCAGACCACCACCAUCUCCCAGGGCACGGCGGCCGCCACGCUGCACGGGCUCUUCAUCAAGACCGACGCGGCCGAGACCAUCCCCUCCGUCAUCACCUACCAGAGCCGCCACUCGCGCAACAACUCGCACCGGGAGCGAAGGAAGAACAGCGGGGGGCACGUCCGCACGGAGGCCGAGACCCAGACCAGCCAUGCCAGCCUUAAGGUUUCUGCCACAGAAGAAUGUGUGGGACCUAUGAGGCUGACUAAGGAGCCAAUUCAAGUUCUGCUGGUGUUCGCUAAGGAGGACAGCCAGAGCGAUGCCUUCUGGUGGGCCUGCGACCGCGCCGGCUUCAGGUGUAACAUCGCACGGACGCCCGAGUCUGCCGUGGAGUGUUUCCUGGACAAGCACCACGAGAUAAUCGUCAUUGACGGACGUCACUCGCGCUACUUUGAGCCCGAAGCCGUCUGCCGGAUGAUCCGCGCCACAAAACCCUCGGAAAGCACAGUUAUACUUGCUGUCGUACCACAAAAACUCCCAGACCAAGAGGAACCGUCCGUUCUCCCUCUCCUCUGCGCUGGAUUUAGCAGAAGGUUCGUGGAGAACAGCGGCGUGUCAGCGUGCUACAACGAACUCAUCCAGAUCGAACAUGGAGAGGUGCGCUGCCAGUUCAAACUCAGGGCUUGCAACUCUGUCUUUACGGCUUUGGAGUACUGCCAGGAGGCCGUGGAAAUCACCAGUGAGGAUCACAUCAUUCAGUAUGUGAACCCCGCCUUUGAGAGGAUGAUGGGAUACCACAGGGGGGAGUUGAUCGGAAAAGAGCUGACCGAACUUCCCAAGAGCGACAAGAACAGAGCCGAUCUACUCGAUACAAUCAACACCUGCAUCAAAAAAGGCAAAGAAUGGCAAGGCAUUUACUUUGCCAGGAAGAAGUCAGGCGACAGUAUCCAGCAGCAAGUGAAGAUACUGCCUGUCAUCGGCCAGGGAGGAAAAAUCCGACAUUUCGUAGCCAUCAAGCGAGCUCAUACCGACAACAACAAUCAGGUCCUCAAAAUGAACAAGGAAGAUCGAUGCAGCGGGGACCAUCCUCAAUCAGAGUGCCAUUCACUGCGACACCGGGACAGACGGAAAGAUUCGGUCGAUGCCAGAUCGGUCGGUUCCCGUGGCAGCGACGCUCCUAGUUUACAGAACCGGAGAUAUUCUUCUGUUGCAAGAAUCCAUUCGAUGACUAUUGAGGCUCCCAUCACCAAGGUAAUAAACAUCAUCAACGCGGCCCAGGAGAGCAGUCCGGUGACGGUCGCCGAGGCUCUGGACCGCGUGCUGGAGAUCCUGCGGACCACCGAGCUCUACUCCCCCCAGCUGGCGUCCAAAGACGACGACCCCCACACCAGCGACCUGGUCGGGGGGCUCAUGACUGACGGGCUGCGGAGGCUCUCUGGGAAUGAAUAUGUUUUCAGUAAAAAUAUGAGCCAGAGCCAGCUGACCCUCCCGGUGACGCUGAAUGACGUUCCUUCGUCCAUCGCCGAGAUGCUGAACGACGAGGAGCGCUGGGAGUUCAACAUCCUGGACCUGGAGGCAGCCACGCAUAAAAGACCCCUCACUUACCUCGGCUUGAAGAUUUUCACCAGUUUCGGAGUGUGCGACUUCCUGAACUGCUCCGAGGCGACGCUGCGCUCUUGGCUGCAGCUCAUGGAGGCCAACUAUCACUCCUCCAACUCCUACCACAACUCCACGCAUGCUGCAGACGUCCUGCACGCCACGGCCUACUUCCUGCGCAAGGAGAUAGUCAAGAGCAGCCUGGACCAGCUGGACGAGGUGGCGGCGCUGAUAGCCGCCACGGUCCACGACGUGGACCACCCGGGCCGGACCAACUCCUUCCUGUGCAACGCGGGCAGCGAGCUGGCCGUCCUCUACAACGACACGGCCGUGCUGGAGAGCCACCACGCCGCGCUCGCCUUCCAGCUCACCAUGCGCGACGGCAAGAGCAACAUCUUUAAGAACAUCGACAGGAAUCAGUUCCGAACGCUGCGCCAGGCCAUCAUCGACAUGGUGCUCGCCACCGAGAUGACCCGCCACUUUGAGCAUGUCAGCAAGUUCGUCAACAGCAUCAACAAGCCAAUGGCUGCCAUCGAAGAAACCAGCACCAAUAGCACGAACAGCGACUGCGAGGGCCAGAGCAACCUCAGAAACUCUCCAGAGAACCGCCUGCUGAUAAAGCGGAUGCUAAUCAAGUGUGCAGAUGUGGCGAACCCCUGCAGGCCUCUGGAGCUCUGCAUCGAGUGGGCGGGCCGGAUCUCAGAGGAGUACUUCGCCCAGACGGACGAGGAGAAGCGCCAAGGGCUGCCCGUGGUGAUGCCCGUGUUCGACAGGAACACCUGCAGCGUGCCCAAAUCUCAGAUCUCCUUCAUAGACUAUUUCAUCACAGAUAUGUUUGACGCCUGGGACGCCUUUGCCAGCCUCCCCAACCUGAUGGAGCAUUUGUCCGAGAACUACAAGUACUGGAAGAACCUGGACGACAUGAAGUGCAAGAGCCCGCGUCCUCCGCCGCCCUCCUGAUCUCCUGCUCUCCUCUCUGGCACCGUGACCCAGGCCGGACGCUAAAACAGUUAGUCAUUUCAGCCGCAGCGCUAAAGUAGCACGUACGGCGAGAAAACGGGGCCAAAAACCUGCCUGAGAGGAACGAGAUCGCUGACUGAUGAGCACUGUGGCGCUGAUCCCGUCUUCAAUCUCGGACGCUUUUCUCGUCCCAGCUGAACAUGGUGUUCCACCGCCAUGGGAAAAGAAAAAAAAAAACAAGUUUUCAUCUGACAGCCCGAAUGACUGUCAUCCGCCAUUUUGUUCUGGCGCCUCUUUGAAACAGCCCGGACCUCGCGGCUCACCUGACAAUCUGUACCAUACAGCGUGACAACUGCACUUUAGCAAAUCAAGACAUUUGGAUUUCGAGCUCCGUUUUGCUCUUUACUUUAUUAUUAUUAUUAUUAUUAUUAUUAUUAUUAUUUUCUUUAAACCCUGUCAUUUUAUAUCUGGGUGUGGUUCCAAAAGAGCGACGAGACCAAGAGGCGCUUGGCUAAAAGGUGAGCAUCUCUAGCGAUGGUUCUUCUUCGUAGAUGUGAGUUCGCAUCUCUAAAUCGUCCGAUACAGACUUGUGAAGGUGCUCAGCUGGAAUUAUUCAUCCUUAAUAUCUAAGAAAACAACAAAAACAUAUUUACGGGACCAAACUGUAAGCAUCCCCAGUAGCCCUGAGCAGGGAGAGUGUUGUAGGAAAGAUUCCAGGAACAGAUCUCUGGAAACAGCGGGGACGUCAUGUAGCCUAAAAAAAAAAAAAAAAAGAAAGAAAAAGAUGGAAUCUGGAGCUUUAUCUUGUUUUCCGUCUUUAAUGUGUGUGAAAGCAGCCUUUCGAUGGAGAUGCUUUUAACGAGCAGAAUGCACCGUACCAGGGUAAAUGUUGAACUUUUAGCUUUGCGACACAAACUGUAGAAAUGAACUGUGAGCAUCUGGGCAGGUUUCAUGUGGACAAAACUUUUAUUUUACUAGUUUGGGGAAGAAACUGACCUCACAGAUUCCCCUGGUCCCCCAAACAAAUUCAAUUGUCACAUUGAGAACAUUCAGGCAUUUAUUUUCUGAUUUGUCACACAUCUUUACUAACAAAUGUGGCUCAGUCUGACCCAUGAGUUGUUAUCCAGUAAGAUCUCUGAAGCCGUAAACACGACCAAUAAAAAAAUCAGUUGAGUUUUUUUUUAUUUUGUAUAAAAAGAUUAAAAAAAAAAAAGAAGAAAACCUGAUCAAAUCACGGAUAUGGCACGUGUGCCCCCUGGUGGACAUAAAGAUUUGCACAUCAAACCAGCAGUUAAAUGUGAGCAAGAAAUCACUACUUCUAUAAUUGGAAAUUUAUUUGUACAAGAUUUAUUUUUUUAACAGAUACGCAAAUUUUCUGGUCACUUUGAGUUGAAAAAGUAUUGGCAACCACGAAAGCAGCCAGCAAGAGUAGAUUGUGGCGGAAUCAACCAAAGGCACAGAGAUUCCCUCAUAUAUCCCCUUAUAGCUCACUUUUCUCCGCACUCCACUACGACAUAUUCAUAGUAAUGGCUCCUGCUUUCUGUACAAAGCGAAUCACAAGAAAAGCCAUAAGUGUCGUUGGUGAUUUUUAGGAUAAAAGAAAACACAUCUGCGACGUCGUUUCACGGUCUUCAGUCAUCCCGUCACAGACGUCCUGGGUUUUCUACUACAAGGUUGCUUUUUUUUUGGUUCGUUUUGCUCAUGGUUUCAAACACCUUAAAAAAACACACACACACACAACUUCGUCCAACAUCACUGUAUUUGUUGUCACUUUACGGAUGACCACUUUCUUACGAAAACGCCUUAAUCCUGUCGUGCGUCGCUGUUCGGGUGUGCUUUGCUUGUGCCACACUGUAAAACUACAUGAUGCGCCUGCUGUUCGUGUAAAUACUCAGCUAACGCUGGUUUUCAUUUGCCUUGCCUCGCUUUUAAUGUUUCUUCCUAUUUACUAAAUGGUGCACCGAUGAAUCGGCACCGAUUUCCUCCAUUUUGGGAGAUCGGCAAUUGGCCAGCGACACUUAAAUGCGAAACUGAAAAAAUCUAAAAAAAUCGCCCCCAUUUGCGCAGCCUGGCUGACGACCCGACCCGCCCAUCAGGUCAGGGUUUGCCAACUUGGCGACUUUGUUGCUAUAUGAAGUGACUUUUCAGACAAAAUGAAUUGGUGAAAAUUGGAAUCGGCAGGUCAGGCUAUGAAAGAUCGUUGAUCAGCCAGAAAGCUGCAGUCGGCGCUUCCCUGUUACUCACAUUUCGACCCAUCGUGUCCAAAAAUACAGCGACCUGAAACAUGGUUCCAGCUCGGAUUGUUUCAUGAGGGGAUAUUUUUGCUAUCCUGUAACUAGAAAUUUUAGAGAGAGAGCGAGAGAGAGACUUUAGACUUCAGACAGCCAUGCCUUUUCCACUGAGCAGUCACUACUUGAAUGCGGCCUGCAUUCUGUGUCUUUUAGCCUGGCAGAACCACAGACAGCUUCGCCUUCAGUGACGGCCGUGCCAACCCUGAGCUUUGCACCAUUUAUAGAUGAAAACCGUCAUCAGAGAGUGGUAUAUAUAUAUAUAUAUAUAUAUAUAUAUAUAUAUAUAUAUAUAUAUAUA